AUGAAGCCCCCUUCAUUCAAGGGAGGGAUAGAACCAAUGAAAGCUGAGGCGUGGGUGUUGGGAAUCAAAAAGUUAUUUGAAGUCUUUCCUUGCACCGAAGCCCAAAAGGUGCAAUUGGCUGCCUUCACUCUUGAGGAUGAGGCGCGGAGAUGGUGGAUGCUCACAAGGACCAUACACCCAGGAUUAACAUGGGGUAGAUUUCUAGAGUUGUUCUAUGACAAAUAUUUUCCCCAGAGCGUACGGGAUAAGAAGGUGACAGAAUUUGAAACUCUUAGACAAGGAAGUAAGACCGUGGCAGAAUAUGAAGCUCAAUUUGCAGAAUUGGCUCAGUUUGUGCCUCAUAUGGUAGAUACGGAUUAUAAGAAAGCACGAAAAUUUGAAGGGGGAUUACGGGUGCUAUCCUAG